CACAGCGAACGCUCCUGGACUUAUAUCACAUUCGUGACUUUUUGUUUGAGAGUUGUGACAGGACUGUCCAACCUCAAUCAACCAUCCUCUUCGAUCAACCAUCUCGAUCAUCCAUCCACCUCGAUCAUCCAUCCACCUCGAUCAUCCACCUCAAUCAUCCAAUUCAACCAUAACCAGUCUGAUCGUGGCGGGCUCCGGCUUCAGGACAAUCGGCAGACUGGUUACAACUACCUCGAUCAUCCGCCUCGAUCAACUAUCUACCUCGAUCAUCCAUCCACCGCUUCGACCAUCCACCUCAAUCAUCCAAUUCAACCAUAA